GAUCACUGUGCCCAUCAGUGUCGCCCAUCUGUGCCCAGCAGUGCCACCCAUCUGUGCCCAGCAGAGUCGUCCACCUGUGCCCAGCAAUGCCACCCAGCAGUGCCGCCCAUCAGUGUUGCCCAGCAGUGCCGCCAGUCAGUGCCACCCAUCAGUGCCAUCAGUCAGUGCCAUCAGUCAGUGCCACAGUCAGUGCCACUUAUCAGGUCCCAUCAUUGUUGCAUAUCAGUGCCAGCUCAUCAGUGACGCCUAUCAGUGCCCAUCAGUGCUGCCUAUCAGUGCCCAUCAGUGCCACAUAUCAGUGCCCAUCAGAGCUGCCUUUCAGUGUCACACAUCAGUGCCAGUCAGUGCCACCUAUCAAUGCCAAUCAGUGCCACCUAUCAGUGCUGCCAAUCAGUGCCACCUAUCAUUGCCUGUCAGUGCUGCCUAUCAGUGCUCUUCAGUGCCUGUCAGUGCUGCCUAACAGCUCUUUUCAGUGCCGCCUAACAUUGCCAGUCAGUGCCACAUAUCAGUGCCAGUCAGUGGCACUAUUAGUGGCAGUCAGUGCCGCCUUUCAGUGCCCAUCAGUGAUGCCUGUCAAUGCCCAUCAGUGCCACCUACCAGUGCCUCCUCAUCAGUGCCACCUAUCAGUGUCCAUCAGUGCAGCCUAUCAGUGCCCAUCAGUGGAGCUUCAUUCACUUAUUUACAAAAUUUUAUAACAAAAAAUAAGAAAAAACAUUUUUUUUUCUUCAAAAUUUGCAGUGGUUUUUGGUUUAAGAAAAAAUAA